GUAUUUCGUGGUCCGACGAGGAAGCACUCCCGAAAAUUCCAGGUGACUCAGGGUCACACUUAGAGAAGAUCUAGUCGUACCUGGCGCUAACAUAACAAAGUUUGACAGGAGUCCUUGCCUGUCUUUGCUUUUAGUUGUGAGAUUUGUAGUCGAGACACACACAUUCAGCCCACCAUGACGUCAUCACAGGUCGUUCGGUGAUUUCCAGACGCCAUCUUGGUUCGUGGGAUUGGGAUGAUCGAAAGUUUGCUGCUGAAAACGUUCAAGGUUUGUAGUUUAGAGGGUUCAGCGACAAACCAUGGAUAACAGGAGCGGCGGACAGAAGUAUAUACUUCUGAAGGACCACACAGUCAAGACUAAGUCCAGCCGUUUGAGCUCGCUAUCCUUGCAUCACCACAGAGACCAACAGACGCAGUCCUUACCGGGGUCCCUGUUCGAGGCUAUCGAGGACCCAGAUACAGCGAGGAACGGGAAGAAAAUCACGCUACGAUCUUUAGAAAACCACAACCUGAUUCUAGAGUGUCCCACUAAGGAUGUUGCCGCCAUCUCAGCACAGGAGGCGGAGUUACUUAUCGCCAUACCUACGUGUAAAGACAGGUUUGUGCUGUACGAGGAUAAGGACCGUUUGGAGGAGGGGCUGCAGAUAAACGUGAACUCAGUGGUGGAAGUGUCCAUACAAGGCGUGCCCACAGACGUACCCGGCAUCGUCAGAUACAGGGGCAACGUGCCGGGAUUCUCCGGGAUCACAUUCGGGGUGGAAUUAUUGGAUUCCAAAGGAAAAGGCACGAGUGACGGCACGUUUAGAAGAAAACGAUUCUUUAAUUGCCCGGAAGACUGCGGGGUUUUUGUAGCCCUAAACAAAUUACGACUACGGCGGGAUGAGCAUCUACGAGACCUUCCGAACAGCGCGUCUAAGAAAACGAACGUCUCAAAAGCCGUUCCCCUUAGCGAGAAGGAACUGUCUGAGCUGCCGGUGAAAGUUGGCAUGAGGGUGUUCAUAUUUACAGAAGUGAACGGGAAGGAGAGCCAAGAAGGGGGCGUGGUGAAGUAUGUGGGGAAACUGCUGAAGCACGGAGGAGAUAUAUAUGUCGGAAUUGAACUGGAUAACCCAGUAGGAAACGGCUCGGGUGUGUACGAGGGGGAGAGGUUGUUCCAUGCCAGGAAGGACCAUGCAGCGCUGGUACCGCUAGGAGGAGCCAUACCCGCCGAGUGUAUGGCAUCUGAUGAAGAAGAUAAACACAAGAAGACCCACAGAAAUGGGAGCUACAAUGGCACAGAUGGACAUUACAACAGUGGAAGACAAGGUGCCACAGGUGGGAGUGACUCCAUCCCCUCCGGAUCCCUGGGGAGAAACUUUCUCCAGGAGCAGGCGGAACUCCUCAACAGGUACUCCAAGUCUGCCGAGAGGUCCGUACAACACGAGGCUUCCGAUGGAAUCCGGCGGAAGGGCGCGCCGGGGAGACUCAGCCCGAGUCUGCGGGCGCGAGAAAAUAACUUCCACCAACCAGGGAUUAGACAUCCACCCAUAGGUGGAUCAGAGCUCCUUGCUACCGACGGCUGUGAGUCAGGAUUAACGGGCAUGGUCUCCCGGGGCAACCCGACGGAGGCGGUUAUACCCCCCAUGGACGGUUUCUUCCCCCGUGACUCCCCCAACAGGAGCCCCAGUAGGGACAGGCAGAAAUAUGAACCUCUCGUACCAGGAGCGGCCGGCGGGAUCUCCUCCCCUCCCGACACCCUGGAGAGAAGAGCGGGGGUCGUUGACCCCACCCUGGAGGUGGGAGACAUGGUGGAGGUGCUGGGCACCCCGCCGCGCUACGGGGUCAUCAAGUGGGUCGGCAACCUGCCGGAUAUCAAGAACGAGAGACUCGUGGCCGGGAUAGAACUGGACGAGGAGUUGGAGGCCUGCACGGACGGCACGUUUAAGGAGAAACGAUACUUCACCUGCCCUGCGAAGCGCGGCCUGUUCGUGUUUCUGGAUAAGUGUGCCCGAGACCAGCGGUUUGAGGUACCCAGACCUGACGAGCCGCCGCCCUCGCCGUCUGUAGCCUUUGGAAACUACAACGCCCCCACCAUCCAGGACGACACCCUGCCCCCCGAGUCGCUGACCCAUGACCUGGUGGGGAAGGCAAAGGGCAUCCAAGGUCACCACAACUCCUGCUACCUGGACGCCACGCUGUACAGCAUGUUCGCUUUCUCCAGUGUGUUCGACGUGUUGCUACACCGGCCAACCAGCCGAGACGACCUGCCACAGUACGGGGAUGUACAGAGACUUCUGAGGGAGAAUAUUGUCAACCCGCUCAGAGUUGAAGGGUUUGUGCGAGCAGACCAGACGCUGAAGCUACGGCAGCUUCUGGACCAGCUGGGCUCCAUCCCCGGGCUUCUCUCCGAGGAGAAGGAUCCUGAAGAAUUUCUAACAACCAUGCUUAAAGACGUCUUCAAGGCAGACCCGUUCCUUAAGAUCAGGUCUGGGACCAACAAGCAGGAAGACUGCUACUUCUACCAGCUGUUUGUGGAGAAGGAUGAAAAGGUGUUAGUGCCAACAGUGCAGCAGCUACUGGAGCAGUCCUGUCUAGCAACAGACAUCAAAAUCACAGAGAUGCCCAGCUGUUUGCUAGUCCAGAUGCCGCGGUUCGGCAGAGACUUUAAGAUCUACGACCGGGUCAUCCCCAGCCUGACUCUGGACAUCACGGACUUACUGGAGAAUGUUCCUCGAGAGUGCACCAUGUGUGGCAGCUGUGGCGAGGUGGAGUGUAGAGACUGCUACAUGGAGAAGGUGUUCUUCCAGAACAACACCAGCCACAUCGUCACCUACUGCAACAUUUGUAACCUGCAGAGCCAUAAGAAGAGGCGGGGGCACAAGCCGACGCCCAUCCAGGUCCCGGAGUCCUUCCGAAGGAGGCACGACCAGAAUGGUUUCCCGGUGCCGCGCAUGACCAUGGACCUGUUCGCCGUGGUGUGCAUCCAGACCAGCCACUACGUGGCCUUCGUCAAGUGCGGGAACGAGCCCGACGCGCCCUGGGUCUUCUUCGACAGCAUGGCAGACAGAAUAGGUGAGCAGAACGGGUACAACAUCCCUGAGGUGAGCGAGAUCCCCGACCUGAAGCAGUGGCUGGAGGACGAGGAGGCCAUCACCAAGCAGACGGACAAGGAGCUUCCCGAGCACGUGCGCAGACUGCUGUGCGACUCCUACAUCUGCAUGUACCAGAACAGAGAUGUGGCCAUGUAUAAGUGAUGUGCGGCACACCAGACAUACGCUACACUGCAGCAGGUAGCUGCAGUUUGACUGUUGGCUUUUU